AUGUCUCUCUCUCGCCUCGUCGAACCUCUCCCGUCCGCCCCCACUGCCUCUCGCAGACAGAGCCUCUACUCCGGGAGGGGCAGCACAACUGGCCAGACCAGCGCCUUCAAUACCUUCACACAGCCUAUCGUGGACCAUAUGGCCUCGUUAAAGCACCUCUCCUCGCACCGGCCCAAGCAGAUGUUCUCCAGCGGCGGCAUACACUCCUGCAGCACCAGUGAGAUCGCCAUCUUCAGCUUCGACGAGGAGCUGGAGUACGAGCUGCGCCGGGAGAAGGAGGCUGCUCCCGUCUUCCACGUUGGCCGAAGCGGUGCGAGGAGCUCGUUCUACCAGGACAAUACGCGCUCGAACAAUGCCUGCAACUACAAUCCGACUUUCAGCCGCAAACAGAGCUCCACUUCCAGUGUGGGCAGCUCCGGCAACGAGUCGACGAACCCGCAGAAGACCUCGUGGACCAAGACAAACAGUGACUCGUGGCGAACCAGCUAUCGAACCAACUCGUCGUGA